AUGGGAGACCAGAUGCGCUAUGCCACUAGUGCCCAGAUUAUUGGAGUCAUAUAUAGAGAGGCAUUUCAAGUCAAGAUGUUUAUGAUCUCCAUACUGUGGUCUGAUGAGAGUGAAGUAAUUGUCUACAGAUCAUUCCUAGAUUUGAAGGAGUUUCAUAGACAAUUGAAGAAGAGGUUUUUCCUUGAGAAUCCUUUCCGCAAGAGAGACAGAGUGAUUCCUAAAUUCAGAGCCACAGCUAUGAGGAGAAAGAUCCAGGAGAAGGGUCCUAGUUGGUUGAUGCGUCGGAUGAACUUACUGGAGAACUACUGCAGCGACCUGCUCAGGUGUGACCCCUCCGUUACCCGCAGUUCAGAGGUCACUCGGUUCUUUAUGCCCAAAGACCACGACCUGCAGGCAGACUUCACCAAGAACAGUGUCAUGAUGCUGCCAUCGAAGGAGGGGGUGGGGAACAUGAGCGGGCAGCGUCUGAGCGUGGGCAAUAGGACACACGCCUUUAUUAGCCAGUCUUACCGCUGUGUGGGGCCCUACAACACCAAGGACACUAAGAACAGGCCCUUUAAAGUGGCCUUGGAUGAGAGGCUGGACGUGCUCAUCAAAGACCCGGCAGGCUGGUGGCUGGUGGAGAACGAGGAUAAACGGUUGGCCUGGUUCCCUGCUCCCUACCUGGAGAUGUGUGAGGCAGAGGAGGAUGAAGAUGAAAUGGAUGGAAUUCCCUUGGGGGGAACUCUCUACUGUGCUGUGAGGAGUUACUCCACUAACAACAAUGACGAGGUGCCUGUUCCUAUUGGCUCUGUGGUAGAGGUGCUGAGGAAAUCAGAUGACGGAUGGUGGCUCAUCAGGUAUAAUGGCAGGAUGGGCUAUGUUCCCUCCAUGUACCUGCAGCCCUACAACAACCCACGUGCUGGCCUCCACACCCUGCAGAGGAAGCUGCACAGCUCCUCUCUCAAUCUGGCAACUCACCGCUACCCAGCCACCCUGAAUGAGGAGACAGAGCUUAAGGAGCAUACUACCCAGCCCAGGGGUAAUCCGUAUCGGGCUCCCCAUCUCCAAAAGACCCGCUCUCUGGAGAUCCUGUCUGAGACCCGUCUCGGCAUGGCCGUCCCUCCAUCCCAAAGAGAGAGAGAAGGCCUGGAGUCAAACCCGAAUCCGGCAAUCCGCAAGAGCACCAUCAGCGGGGCAGAGGCCUCCAUCUCUGACUUCAGCUCGUCAGGCAUUGAGUCUCUGGGCCGGAGUGUCAGGGCGUAUUCCUCCAGUGAGGAGGACCCCCUAAGCCCCCCACACAGCCCCAAGUCCUCACCCGAGCCAUGGGAGAGGAAUAGUGUCCGCAGCCGCCCAGAGGAGAGCCUCUCCUCCAGCUCCAGGCCUGAGGCUGGGUCCUGUAAGAUGCCCACCGCUGUCCCCAGGGUGCCCACGCGACCCAGAGCCCAUGAGAUCCUGACUCGGUGUACCACCAUGACCCGCAAGGCUGCCCUGGCCUCCAGGGGGGAGUUCUCCCUGCAGAACCCCAUCCAGACCCUCUAG